AUGGCGGAGGAAGCGGAGGAGGCCCCGGCCGCCCUCGGCCGAGGCGAGACUGAAGACGUCGAAGAGCUCCCAGGGGCGGAAACCGUUUUAAGAUUAGAGAAUAUCAGUGUGAACGAUGUUGUAAAUGCUGAAAGCUGUUGCAAGGAGAAUCACAUCUACGCCGCCCGCAAAGCUUUCGACAGCUUCUUCCUGAGGUACCCCUACUGCUACGGCUACUGGAAGAAGUAUGCCGACAUGGAAAGGCGCUUUGACUUCAUCAAGGAGACCGAGGAGUAUCGCCCUACUCGGUCCCGUAGCAUCUGGUUCUCUUCUCCUAUUGGCCCCUGCUGUGUAGUAGAGCAAAGGACUUUUGAGGCCGCUGUGGCUGCCGCGGGAGUCGACUUCCGUUCGGACAAGCUCUGGGAGAUGUAUGUGGAAUGGCAGAAGGAGCAGGGAGACCUGAGAUCCGUCACCGGCAUUUAUGACAGGGUGCUGUCCACUCCCACCCAGCUGUACAGCCAUCAUUGGGAAAACUUCAAGGAGCAUCUGUCCAGCCAUGCGCCGGUGGACAUUCUCUCCAUGGAAGAGCUGCUGUGGAUGCAGUCCAAGUUGGCCUCCGACACGGCCCCCAAGACGGCAGAGGGGGAAGCCGAGGAGGAAGCACCACCUGGAGAAGAACUGCCCCCGAAGGCGGAAAGCAAGCAGGAGGCCGCAGAGGGGAUCCAGGCGUUGGGGGCGCUGGACCCGGAGAAAGUCCUGGAGCAAUCCAUUUCAAUCCGCCAGCAGAUCUUCAGUCAGAAUGAAGGCGAAGUCAGCAAGCGCUGGAAUUUUGAGGAUGGGGAGAGGUGGAGGAAGCCCGGCGUAUCUUGAAGACCUUCGAGGACUACGUGCCCGGCUUGGUCAUGGUGCGUUUGCGGCGGGUGAGCCUGGAACGUCGGCUGGGGAACAUGGACAUUGCAGAGGCCCUGCUGAUGGAAGCCAUACGGGACAACGAGGGGAUGCCCAUCUCCUCCUUCUACUCCGUCAAGCUGGCUCGGCAGGUCCUCAAAGUGCAGAAGAACUUGGCCAAAGCCCGGAAGAUUCUCCUGGAAGCCUUGGAGAAGGACCCGGACAACGCCAAGCUCUAUGCGAACCUCUUGGAGAUGGAAUUCAGUGCCGAUGUCCGGCAAAACGAAGGCAACACCAUGAGCAGUUUCGACAGAGCCUUGACCAGCGGUCUGCCCCUGGAGACCAAGAUCAUCUUCUCCCAGCGGAGGGUGGAGUUUCUGGAAGAUUUUGGGUCAAGCAUAAACAGCCUGCUGAUGUGCUAUGAAGAGCAUCAAAAGCUCCUCAACCAGCAGAUGAUGAGGAAGAGGCUUCUGGAAAAUGGCAGCACCGAUGAAUCCGAUGACAAAAGGUUGAGACUCGAAGAUGCGGCCAUGGGGGGUGGCAACGUAGCCAUGGCGACAACGGGCAUCACACCCUUGAUGGCGACGGAUACCGGCUCAGGGGGCAAUUACAACUAUAACACGUGGUACCAGAAUUACAGUAACUAUGGAUACCAGAACGCGUGGAACUACAAUCAGUAUUACCAACAGACCUAAAAACCACCUGACAGGAGACGCUGGUGUCUGUGGCAUUGAUGGGCAGCUGUGGCUGUGUCUUUGCUCAACUUCUCAACGGGAGGAAAUGACUUGAUUGACACCUCUUCCGUGACAGCGGUGGAGAGCCUGGAUGGUAGCUUUAGAAAAACCUGGCCCUUUUUGUAUCGAUUUAUCAUUUUCCCCGCUAAAUUUCUGAAACUGGAGAGAAACACAUUGCCAUCCAGAGAUCCUGUGUAAAAAAGCCCAAGAUUUCUUCCUUCCAGAGCCGAAAAGAAUUUAGAGCUCCAGCAAAGUUGAUCCUGAAGACGCGCAACCACAGGUUGUUGUGACGCAGCAUCCUUUCCCUUGAGUGCAACCUUCAUUUCGUUUUAAAUCAAGGCCUCGGAACCAGCAUUUUUUAAUUUUAUUGUAUUUUGUAAAAGGGUUCCCUCUGUACAUUUUCACAUUUUUUUGCAGCUGUAAAUAAACUGGAAUUGUUCCUGUC